AUGUGUCUGUCGGGUCGACACAAGUACGGCCACCAUCCAGGCACGGCGCGCAGUCAUCGUCAACUAAGACUAAAGUUCGUGAAUCGGCCGCGGAUCUUGAGCUUCAGGAAGCCACAAGCCGCUGUGUUCGCUGCCUCGGCCGUAGCCGACAAGUCACUUCGUCUACAGAUAGACUGGCGCAAGCACGGUGAGCUGAUCAACUACGCGCUGUCGCAGCGCAUCAUCAAGCACCCGCUCGAUCACACGCUGUUGAUCACCAACACGCAGGAUGACGACACGGCUGACUACACGUGCGUCGCGACGGCGUACAGCCGCGAGAACGACGGGGCCGUUCUAGACACCGUGCGAGUGACCGCCAACCUCACCGUACAGAGCCGGCCCAACAGACCAGGCAACGUGAUUCUGACGAGUUGUGACAAGCGGUCAGCGAACGUGCAGUGGACACCGAUGGGUGACAACCGCGCGCCCAUACUUAACUACAUCAUUCAGUUCAACACGACCUUCGAACCGGACAUCUGGGUGGACCUGGAGAACAAGGUCUCGCCGACGACACGGCAGUACCGCGUCGACAUCUCGCCGUGGUCCAAUUACACGUUCCGCGUGAUCGCGCACAACAAGAUCGGCAACAGCGUGCCGAGCGAUGCGACGACAGUGUGUCGCACGGAUCCGGACACGCCCGACAAGCACCCGGAGAACGUGCGCGGCAACGGCACGCGCCCAAACAACAUGGUCAUCUCGUGGACGCCGAUGACACUGCUGGAGCAGAACGGGCCGGGCUUCCGCUAUCAGGUGAAGUUCAAGCGGCACGACGACGCGAACGCCGUGUGGGAGACGGUGAACAUCAACGAAGCACGGAACAACACGUACAUCGUGUGGGGCACGAACGUCUACGAGCCGUUUGACAUCCAGGUGAAGUCGUUCAAUGUGAAGGGCGAGGCCCCCGUCGCAGUGCGCACCUACGUGGGCUUCUCUGGCGAGGACAAGCCUCUCAUCCAGGUGUCAAACUUCCAGCUGGAGAAGGUUCUCGGCCCGCGGUCAGCAAGCUUCCGCUGGACGGCGGUCGACCCGACCGCUCGCGACAUCAACGGAGAGUUCCAGGGAUACAAGGUGCAGGCGUGGGUGGCUGAGGAGGGACUGGAGAAUGUGCGUGAGGUGCGAGCGCUGCCGAACGCCAGCAGUGCGGUGCUGGACGUGUUGAAGCCCUACUCGGACGUGCUCGCUCAGAUCUUCGUCUUCAACGCCGCCUACGACGGCACGCCGAGCCCCGCCAUCACGUUCCGCACGCCCGAAGGACGUGAGUAG